AUAAUAUAAAGCACUGAAAACAACUGAACAUCAUAGCUUCAAUCCUCCUGUGCGUAUAAACAAUGUCUAAGCAGCAGCAUUACAAGGUCUGCUUCUGUUUCAGGAGAAUAUUUAAGCUCAGGGUGGUUGAACCCCCGGAAGAUAUCAAGAACGUUUUUGAACGAUACUCGGAGAAUGGCACCAUGAGCAUUGAUCAACUGCAUGAGUUCCUGAUUCAGGUUCAAGGAGAUCGUAACGCUAGCAAGGACCAUGCUCAGGCCAUCUUCAACAGCCUCAAGCAUCUCAACAUCUUCCAGCGGAAGGGCCUCCAUCUUGAAGCUUUCUUCCGAUAUCUCCUAGGCGAUCUUAAUCUCCCUCUCCAUCCUCAUGGGGUGCACCAAGACAUGAAUGCUCCGCUUGCUCAUUACUUCCUAUUCACAGGCCAUAACUCCUACUUAACUGGCAAUCAACUCUGCAGCGACAGCAGUGUGGAACCCAUUAUAGACGCACUACGAAGAGGUGUAAGAGUUAUCGAAUUGGAUUUGUGGCCAAACCCCAAGAAAGACGAUGUGGAAGUUCGUCAUGGAGGGACUCUGACUAGUCCAGUGGAACUCAUCAAAUGUUUGAAAGCUAUUAAGGACAAUGCAUUUUCUGCUUCUGAAUACCCUGUGGUGAUUACUUUUAAAGACCACCUAAAUGCAGAUCUUCAAGCUAAAGUGGCCAAGAUGGUCACUAAAACAUUUGGAGCCAUGCUAUAUAGCCCUGAAUCAGAAUGCAUAGAGGAAUUCCCUUCACCAGAAUCAUUGAAGAAAAGGGUUUUGAUUUCAACUAAACCACCAGAAUGCCUUGAAGUUCAGAAUACCAUGGAAAAAGAUCAACAAAGGCAUAAAGAUUCAGCAGAGGAUGAAACUCGGAACACAAAUUUCAAAAAGGAACUUGGAGCCACUGAUAAGCAGAUUGAGCCGAAUGACGAGUAUGAAGACGAAGAAAAUGCUACUCCUCAAUAUAGGAGCUUAAUUGCCAUUCAUGCAGGAAAGCCUAAAGGUGCAUUAAAUAUCUGGGAACCUGAUCCUAAUAAAGUUAGACGUCUAUGCUUGAGUGAGCAAGAGCUUGAAAAUGCUGCAAGUACGUAUGGAACUGAUAUUGUCAGGUUUACGCAAAAAAACUUGCUGAGGAUCUACCCUAAAGGUAUGCGCUUGGACUCAUCUAAUUACGAUCCUAUGCUGGGAUGGAGGCAUGGAGCUCAAAUGGUUGCAUUUAAUAUGCAGGGAGAGGGGAAGUACCUUUGGAUUAUGCAAGGCAUGUUCAGAGCCAAUGGCGGUUGCGGUUAUGUGAAAAAACCUGACUUUUUGUUGCAGGUAGAUUCAAAUAAUGAGGUCUUUGAUCCUCGGGUCUUUGAUCAUCAUGUCAGUCUAGAGCCGCCACCGGCGGUUAAGACAAUAUUGAAGGUAAAAGUCUACAUGGGAGAAGGGUGGCAUUCAGAUUUCAGCCGCACACACUUCGAUCUAUAUUCACCACCGGACUUUUUUGUCAGAAUUGGAAUUGCUGGAGUCCCAGUUGAUCAACAUCAUAUGAAGCACACACAAGUAAUUGAGGAUGACUGGCAACCAGCAUGGAAUAAGAAGUUUGAAUUCCCACUGAGGGCUCCCGAGUUGGCUAUUCUCCGAAUUGAAGUUGCCGAGUAUGACACAUUAGGGAAGAAUGACUUCGGAGGUCAAACAUGUCUACCUGUAUCAGAGUUGAGAAGUGGCAUCCGAGCAGUUCCCUUAUAUGAUAAAAAGGGAAACAGAUUCAAAUCUGUAAAGCUUCUUAUGCGAUUUGAAUUAAUUGUUUAAAUAACUAAGACGUAUGUAUUGGAAUUCAUUAUUAUGUAU